AAACUUGUCAGGGUAAGCCCUUCGAACGUCUAGGAAGAGUACAACCUUUCAAACCGCUACCCAAACACAAAAGAAAUGGCGGAUGAUCCUGCGCUUGCACAGUGGCGCGCCCAGCGCAUGGCCCAGAUGCAGGGAGGCGGAAUGCCCGGGCAAUCUGGACCAUCAGCAGAGCAAGUUGAGCAGCAGCGCAAGAAGCAAGAAGUCAUGCAAGAGCAGCGACGGAUCAUGCUGAAGCAAAUCCUGAGCAAUGAAGCGCGCGAAAAGUUGUCUAACAUUCGACUCGUAAAGCCCGAGCGCGCAGAGCAGGUGGAAAACUACAUCCUCAGCGCAGCGCAGUCGGGCCAGCUGCCGGGCAAAAUAUCUGAGGAGCAGUUUAAGGAUUUGCUGAGAAACGUGACAGAGAAGGAACAAAGCAAGAACAAGGUGACGAUCAUGCGGAGGAGACCACUCUACGAUGACGAUGACGACGAUGACGACGACGACUUUUAGGGAAUAGCGCUAAUCCUGUGCGCAAUCUAGUCUUGACCUCUCUGGCACCGUCUACUACACCGCUUGUACAGGGUUCCGCACUACAAGUCCUACUACAUCAUGACGUUGAACGCGCACCCGGGACAUACGUUUACUCCAUCUCGUAGCCGCGUUAAAGGUUGCAAAACGAAACAGACCGCUGCCGAAA